AUGAGUUGUAUAUUCAUUAGUAACUAAAAAGAUUCAUUAUUAGUAUUAGACACUUAAAUGCGACAUUGAUUUUCGUUUAUUUGUUUGCCAGUAUGACUUCGGCGAAGAAUAGGGAGCGUAUUUUGGAGGCGAUUGACCAGUUGCGGCGACGAAAGGCUCGCCCGGAUAUACAAAGAAUUUGUAAUUACUUAUUCCGGAGAUUUGCUAUCAACUCGGUGGAGGCAAGAUCAGAUUUGGACUGGUGUGUUGCCAAUAAUUACGUGCUCAAAGUAGAGUACAAAGGCAGCAUAAGUUAUCGAAAUGCAGCUAAGAAAUACGCUCAAAUGAAACAACGUGACCCGCGAGCCAAACUAACAGCACACAAGCAAAAUCAACAGAUUCAAGGUGGCGUUGGGAAUGACAAAAUGAUCAAGCAAUUUAGCGAACUGCUGACGAACGCUUUUGGGGAAUUAAUCGUAGAUGAACCCGACUACUUGGAAUUAGGUGUUCCCGGUCCUGAAAUAAUCAGCAACAUUCUGGCGAAAGACAGUGUACGCUACACGAAAAAAUACAUCAGCAUCCUGUUGGAAAAAGAAGUGCAAAGUGGCGGACUGAUAAGAACGGCCAAUGGUCAUUACCUUAUGGGUCCCGCUGCCAGGGAUGAAGAUGACGUGAUCAAAAAGGAGAAAGAGAAAGCGGAUGACUGGAAGUCCGCGAAAGCAGAGAUGGAGGUACUCCGAAGGAAUGAGGCGAAGAGAGAUAGAGAUUCGAAAAAUCAGGAUAAUGGACAUGAUGAUUAUUUUGGUCCUGGAAAUGCAAAGACGUCGAAAAAAGUAGAACCUAAAAAGCUGGGGAGUUUCGAGAAUAUGGAUUCUUCCACGAACUCAGCUGAUGAGAAGAAAUCUGACAGCACUUUGAGGAUUGGUGGGAGGAGAAAGAGAGCAAAAAAGGUCUUUGAUCCAUCAGACAACCAUGUCCCAAAGAAGAGAGGACGCCCCCUUGGUUCUCUGAAUCGUUCCACUAUUGAAAAACAAACAGUCACAAAAGUUAAUAGUGAUGAUAGUAGACCUGAUUCGCGAACCUCUAGCUAUGGUAGAGACCAAGGAGGGGUAUGCUCAGUUUGUCACUUACAGAACAAAAGGGGGCCCAAUGAUCGUAUGGUUGCAUGUAGAGAAUGCAGUAAUAAAGCACAUUUCAGUUGUCUGAAUGGAGAUGACAUGAUGCUUAAAAUGUACCCAGAUAAUACUUGGCAAUGCCCACACUGCAAAACAUGUAUAGUAUGUUUUGAAACCUCAGAUGCUGGAUCUCUUACUGUCUGUUCUGUAUGUGCUGAUGCUUAUCAUGCUCGUUGUCAUCAGCCAAAAAUUGGUGAAAAAUUUCGAAUUGGGCAGAAGUGGCUGUGUAUUAACUGUCAGAUGCCUGAGCAGUUGAAAAUCAAUGAGAUUGAGUCAAACAUUGGGAAUUCCUUCACACACAAAUUCAAAUUCACUGAAAACUGCGACGCGAGCCGCUCGAACUCGCGCAGCUCCUCCCCCUCCUACGCCACCGCCUCCCCCUCCUCAUCGCCCCCCCGUCUCAGCCCCCAAACGACCUUGACGACGACGACGACAGGGAGGGGCGGCCGCAUCAAGUCGGCCGACAGCGAGUCCCCGGGCCUCGAGGAUUCGCGCAGCGCCAAAGAAGAAGAAGAAGAAGAGGAGGAGGAGGAGGAAGAAGAGGAUGAGGAGGAGGGAGGGGACGGGCGCGGUAUCGAUCCGUCCAUUCCGGACGCGACGCAUUGGACGGCCGACGAGGUGUACCAGUAUUUCGCGCAGUAUUUUCCCGAGGAGGCGAAGAUAUUCAAGGAGCAGGAAAUUGAUGGUCGGUCUCUACUUUUACUGAAGCGAUUGGAUGUUUUGACAAAUUUGAAUUUGAAAUUGGGCCCUGCAUUGAAGAUUUACAAGCAUGUAGUGAAGCUACAAGUGAGAAGGGAUGACCCGAGAUUGUAUUGGCUCUGA